AAAAAACUUCUCCCGGAAGUUAAAGGUUCCUCAACCGGAAGUAGCCGCGGACGCUCAUGAGCGCCGAACGAAGCACAAGAUGAGACGACUCUGAAGCUGAAUUCAUCUGGUCCAUGAGCUGCACGACAUAGCUGCCCAGAAACAAGAAGAAGGUGUUUCUGCAGAAUCCACUGUGGUUGUUGGUGAUUUUCUACUGUAUCAUAGACUCUGGACGCACAGCUUUGAGGCACCGGCUGUGUGAAGUUACUUCCUGCUCUUGGGUGGCAGUGAACUAACGUAAGGAUCUGAAGAGAUGGACCAGAACAACAGUAUACCACCGUUCCAGGGGCUGGCCUCCCCUCAGGGUGCCACGACCCCAGUCAUGCCAAUCUUCAGUCCCAUGAUGCCAUAUGGCUCAGGCCUGACUCCCCAGCCCGUCCAGAACACCAAUAGUUUGUCUAUACUGGAGGAACAGCAGCGGCAACAACAGCAGCAACAGGCUCAGCAGGCAAACGCAGGCCUUCCUGGAACAUCGGGGCAGACCCCUCAGCUUUACCAUUCCCAGACGGUUGCCGGGUCGACCACCACAGCGCUGCCAGGGAACACCCCGCUCUACAACACUCCGCUGACCCCCAUGACUCCCAUCACACCGGCCACACCGGCCUCGGAGAGCUCUGGAAUAGUACCACAGCUACAAAACAUAGUAUCUACUGUAAAUCUGGGCUGUAAAUUGGACUUGAAAACUAUCGCACUGAGAGCCAGGAAUGCAGAGUACAACCCAAAGCGUUUUGCUGCAGUCAUUAUGAGAAUACGAGAACCCAGAACGACUGCUCUCAUCUUCAGCUCUGGGAAGAUGGUCUGCACCGGAGCCAAGAGUGAGGAGCAGUCGAGGUUAGCUGCCAGAAAAUAUGCUCGCGUGGUGCAGAAGCUCGGUUUUCCUGCUAAGUUCCUGGACUUCAAGAUUCAGAACAUGGUGGGAAGCUGCGAUGUGAAGUUCCCCAUUCGCCUGGAAGGAUUAGUCCUCACACAUCAGCAGUUUAGCAGCUAUGAACCGGAGCUGUUUCCAGGACUGAUUUACAGAAUGAUCAAACCCAGAAUCGUCCUGCUCAUCUUUGUUUCUGGGAAAGUUGUACUCACAGGUGCCAAGGUGAGAGCGGAGAUCUACGAAGCGUUUGAAAACAUCUAUCCUAUUCUGAAAGGCUUCCGCAAGACGACGUAGAACCUGCAGCUCCUUCUUUUACCUUCAUCUCCCCAAGCCUCGAAUCUUUGUACUCUGAUUUUUUUAAAUUCACAAGAUGUGUCAUCUAUAUGUUGACCUCUACAAGUGGACUGCUGUAAGGGCUGUCGUACAGGGAUGUGAGCCGUCUUUUUAGGGGAGGGUUUGUCCCUCCAGUGUUUCAGAUUUUUUUGAAAAACAGGAUUUUACAUUUUUUAGUUGUUGUUGCCGUGUCUUGAUCACAAGCGAUGACGUAUUUUACACACGGACCUCUCCGUUUAUUUUAAACCGGUUCUCAGCAGUUAUUUUCUGCUUUUUCUGUUGUUCUGCUCACAUCCCUGAUUGUACAUAAGACUGUAAAGAAAUGUAAAAAGUGCUGAUUAGAAGAGAAGCAGUCUGACUAGGACUGUUCUUUGCUUUUAUUUUAAGCCAUUUUAAAUAGUUUUGUACGUUGCAUUUUUAUAAAUUGUCCGCUCAGUCCCCAAAUUUUAUCAAGAACAUGUUCGGGUCCGUCAGCCCCACAUUCCUGUUAACAGUAUUCGCUAAGACUUUAGCUGAGGGACCGUCUAUCCAAACCAGAUCGGUUGCUUUUUAAGAGUUUAAUUUUUGUAUCUUUUACAUUCAGAUCAGUCGGAUCUUGGUUCAGCUCAGUGCUGGAAGUGGAUUCCCUUCUAAAUUCAAACAUUUUGACAUCAAUAGUAUAGUUCAGUCUGUUGAGCUGUAAGGUGGAUGCUCUUACAUUUUGAAUGACUGAACAAAAUAGAUUCAGGUCCUGCUGCUAAAGUUGUUGGUUAGUUCUUUGAGAUUUGUGUCACUUGGUUUUGGGCUACAUGAAGAAAAGACGCUGUUGGUCUUAAAGUAGACGGCCUCUUCUUUUAAUUAUCUUAAAUUCACAUCUUGCAUCUUACAUUCACGAGCACGAAAAGAUGAUAGCAGAUAAACUAUGCAUUGUGUUGCCAUGUUUAUGUUUUUUUUGGCCAUUCAAAAUUAUAUUUAAAAGUUUUGUUGUGAGGAAUUAAUUAUAUUUGCGAGUAAGAACAUGUGAAUCUGUCUUGGUUGUCUGUUUGCUCAGCCCCGACACUUGGCAGAAAAGUAGUUAAAAUUUUGGGCACUUCUUGGUGAGCUGGUUCUCAGUUUCACCAUCUGUGUGUGUCUUCCACUUCAUGUCUGUAUGAGCAGCAGAAUAGCAGAUGAGAUUAGGGUUUAAUACUAAAUUACAUUUAGUAUUAAUAAUAAUUUCCUCUGUGAUUCUGAGCUGAGACCAGGAAGCUUUGUAACACAUCUCAAUGCAAUUCUGCUUCUUCUGAAACUGUUAAUGUGCUGCACUGUGCAUUAAUAAAUGUGUACAUAUACAAGAUGCUUGUUUUACUACAGUAA